AGCCAAGUUACUCCACUUCAUCCAUGGCUCCAUCUUUUCUCUCCCCCACGGCCUUGGGUUGCUGCUUUCUUCUCUUCUCCCUCAUUCUCUCUUCGUUUCCAGCUCUCUCAUUCGCCCUAUCCAAUGCCGAAGCCGCUCACAUAGCCCAUCGCCAACUCACUUCUCUCCCUGAGAAUGGCGACCUCCCAGACAACUACGAGGUUCAAGUCGACGCCAAUCUCAAAUUUGAAAACGACAGGCUCAAGAGGGCUUACGUCGCUCUCCAGGCGCAGAAGAGAGCUAUUUUUUCCGACCCUUUUAACUUCACCGCUAACUGGGUAGGGGAGAAUGUUUGUGCCUACAAAGGGGUGUUCUGCGCUCCGGCACUCGACAACCCGAGCUUGAACGUGGUGGCCGGCAUAGAUCUCAACCAUGCAGACAUUGCAGGACAUCUCGUUGUCGAAAUGGGGCUCCUUACCGACCUCGCUCUCUUCCACAUCAACUCCAACAGAUUCUGCGGUAUCAUCCCAGAAAGCUGCAGAAGGUUGACGCUUAUGUAUGAGUUCGACAUCAGCAACAACCGAUUCGUUGGUCGUUUUCCUGGAGUCGUCCUGAGAUGGCCUAAUUGCAAGUACCUUGACCUCAGGUUCAACGGCUUCGAAGGUGAGCUGCCUCCGGAGCUUUUCACCAAGGAGUUUGAUGCCAUUUUCUUGAACCACAACCGAUUCACGUCGGUAAUUCCAGAGACGAUUGGAAACUCCAAGGUUUCUGUUGUUUCAUUUGCAUUUAACAAUUUCAGUGGUUGCAUCCCGCACAGCGUUGGGAACAUGCGCAAUGUGAAUGAGCUGAUCUUCAUGAACAAUCAGCUUGGCGGGUGCUUCCCUCCUGAGAUUGGAAACCUUGGAAAAUUGCAAGUUUUUGAGGUGAGCUACAAUGGAUUUAUAGGUUCUUUACCAAAGAGCUUUGUCGGGCUACAGAGCAUUGAGGAAUUGGAUAUUGGGUACAACAGGUUGACAGGGUUUGUGACUGAUAAGAUUUGUAUGUUGCCUAAGGUGGCCAAUUUCACAUUUUCUUACAAUUAUUUUAGUGGGGAGGCUCAAAAAUGUAUGCCUAAUCCCAAAUCGGAGAUAGUGUUGGAUGAUUCGGGCAACUGCAUGCCAGGAAGGCCCAAGCAAAAAAACACAAAGACUUGUUUCCCUGUGGUAACUAAGCCUGUGGAUUGCAGCAAGCAUUGUGGUGGAUCUUCUACACCCGAAAAGCCUAAGACACCAAAGCCUCAACAACCUCCAACGCCAAAGGUUGAACGACCACCCACACCAAAGUCUGAACCGCCACUCACUCCAAAGUCUGAGCCACCACUAACGUCAAAGGUUGAACCGCCACCUACUUCGAAGGCUGAAGCUCCACCGACGCCUAAGGCCGAGCCGCCACCAACACCAAAGGCUGAGCCGCCACCAACUCCAAAGGUUGAACCACCACCCACACCAAAGGCUGAACCGCCACCUACUCCAAAGGUUGAACCGCCACCCACUCCGAAGGUUGAGCCACCAUCCACGCCAAAGGCUGAGCCCCCACCCACUCCGAAAGUUGAGCCACCACCCACUCCUAAGGCCGAGCCACCAUCUACACCUAAGGCUGAGCCACCACCCACUCCCAAGACUGAGCCACCACCCACUCCCAAGGCAGAGCCACCACCCAUGCCUAAGGCUGAACCACCACCCAAACCAAAGGCUGAGCCACCACCAAUUUCAAAGGUAGAGCCACCACCGACCCCUAAGGCCGAACCACCACAAACUCCAAAGGCAGAGCCACCACCCACUCCAAAGGCUGAGCCACCACCCACUCAAAGGGCUGAGCCACCAUUGACACCUAAGGCUGAGCCACCACCCACUCCAAAGGCAGAGCCACCACCCACACCCAAGGCCGAGCCACCUCCCACACCCAAGGCCGAACCACCACCUGCACCUAAAGUCGAGCCACCACCCGCACCUAAAGUCGAGCCACCACUCACACCAAAGGCUGAGCCACCAUCUACACCAAAGGCCAAGCCACCUUCCACACCCAAGGCUGAGCCACCGCCAACACCAAAGGCCGAACCACCUCCUGUGCCAAAGGCCGAACCACCCCCCUCACCAAAGGCAGAGCCACCUCCCACACCUAAAGUUGAGCCACCUCCAACACCAAAGGCGGAACCACCUCCAACACCAGAGGCUGAGCCACCCCAAACACCAGAGGCCGAGCCACCACAAGCACCUGAGGUCGAACCACCGCAAGCACCUAAGGCCGAGCCACCGCAAGCACCUAAGGUUGAGCCACCUCCUGCACCAAAGGUUGAGCCUCCUCCUGCACCUAAAGUUGAGCCGCCUCCAACACCAAAGGCAGAGCCACCACCGACACCAAAGGCAGAGCCACCAGAAGCACUAGAGAUUGAGACACCACUAUCACCUGCACCUUCACCAAGCCCAAUUGGUCGUAGCCCUAAGGAAGAUCCAUUAUAUCCAAUUCAACCACCACCAACACCAAAGCCUGUGCAAUCUCCUCCGCCACAAUCUCAAACACCAGAACCAACUCCAGAGCCUGUGCAAUCUCCUCCAGAGCCUGUGCAGUCACCUCCACCUCCAGUCCACUCACCACCACCACCUGUUCAAUCUUCUCCACCACCAAUUGAAUCCCCACCACCGCCUGUCCAAUCUCCACCACCACCAGUUGAAUCCCCACCACCGCCUGUCCAAUCUCCACCACCACCAGUUGAAUCUCCACCACCACCGGUUGAAUCUCCACCACCACCAGUUGAAUCCCCACCAUCGCCUGUCCAAUCUCCGCCACCACCAGUUGAAUCUCCACCACCACCAAUUGAAUCCCCACCACCGCCUGUCCAAUCUCCACUACCACCAGUCGAAUCCCCACCACCACCAGUCGAAUCACCUCCUCCCCCAGCUCCAACUCCAUCUCCUCUUUUGCCUCCUCCUGUGCAGUCUCCGCCACCAACCCAACCAGACUUCGUGCUACCACCAAACAUUGGAGCACUAUACUCAUCGCCACCACCGCCAAUGUUCCCAGGCUAUUGAGUAAUAGUUUAUCGUUUCACAUGUUUGCCUUAUUUUGUAUUUUUUUCUCUAGUUCGAAAACACCUUUUACACACUCACUUGUAACUUGAGAAUCUUGCAAAUACAGUGAGACAGGGCCGUCUCUGACAUUUUGGGGGCCCUGUGCGAAUGAAAUAAAAAAAAAUCCUUAUUUUAAAAAAUA